GUGGUUGCACUGCCUCCAUUGCAGUGAUUGUUGUCUCGAAAGCCGACCAGCAACUGCAUCGGUACCACACAAACUUCGAAAACGGCCUCCAUCUUGAUGCCAAGUUUCCGCUGCACGAUGUGGAUACUACACACGGGCGGAGGUUCGGCGCACGUCAGGUGUGGCGUGUCUGAUGCGUUUCCGGCGAAUUAUCAACCAUCUCACUUGCCGAUUGCCGACUUGACAAGCCUGGGCAUAGCUUGGCCUCCGCCGUCCUGGUCUCAACCUUGCAAGGUCUCAUUGCGUGCUCACGCAAACUUCGCUGGCAAAUGCACCCCUAGGUUUGGAAAGGAUUGCGGAAAGGAUCGCUACAGUAGACGCCUACUCCCCGAAGAAGGGAAUUGCGACGUACGUGCCACGGCAGUCCCGAGGGUUUGCAGCAAGAUCGGCUCUGCAGCGUGAGAGUGGGGUGGUAAAGUCUUGUUUGCCUUUGGAUUGUUGCUUAUAGUCUUUAAGCGGGGUUCUCUUCUCUUGAGUAUCCACUGCCAUGCUGGGUAUCAUGGAAUACCGGGGAGUGACUGGUGUGUGGACGCCAUGUUCCCAAGCCUGUCCAGCUGAAAGUUGUGAACUUUCAUUAUCGAUAUCCCUACGCAGGAAAGUAGCCCAGCAAAGCCGAG